AUGGCUGUAUGGGCAUUUGUGGACGGACGGGGGUUUCCCUAUCGAACACACUUCAAGGCGGGCUAUGCCGAUGGCGAGGCGGCAUAUAUGUCUUGUGACAAGGAGACACUGCCUCUCUUGUUUGCCGAUGUUCAUGUAACGGAUGACGAGAACGCAGCAAGCACCCUGUCCGACGCCUCUCAACUAGAUGUGAUUCAAAUCCUGGUGUUUCGCAUCCGUUCUCGUUGGGAAGUGCCCUACAAGCACCCUACUGGCACUGGUGCGCUGUCUGCAAAAUCGGGGCCUAUUCAUGAGACGGCGAAGAAAGGAGGGAUGCAUUGUAUUGAGUUUGGAGCAACUUGGACGAGUCUGUCCCCGAUGUAUUUCUCAGCGGACUACGUCGAUAAUUUAUCCUCACCGUAUAUCACCUUCAACUUCCGCUACAGGCCCUCCGAGCUCCUGCAGGUGCAGGGCAUCACACAGCCUCCUGCAGUUCAACUUCCGCAACUGACUUAUCACGCAAAAGGCGCGGCGACGGCUGUACCCCGAACGCUCAAAAAAGCGACCUCGUCAGGACGGGGCCAAAUCGUCGACGAGCGCUGUUCUAGAGGAAGCUGUCCCACAGCGGGAGAUUUCAAGCUGUUUGUCGUCAAAGUCGAGGUUGAAGAUGACGAGGCCGACCUGAAAGUGAUACGGGCGCAACUGCGCACUUUACAGGAGCAAUUGGAUCGUAUUGAAAACAACCGGAGCCAGUCCAAUCGCUCGGUCGUUACGAAGAGGGAGCCGUCGCCCGUGCGCGUCGGCAACCUGCAAGGCAAUGUCAUCGACCUAACGGAGGACUGA